AUGAGCACAAACAAAGUAUCAGGUAAGGCAGAGCGUCGUCUGUGUCUUGUCGUGAGAGCAGCCGUACUGGAGUGUGUAAAGCUGUUCUGCUCGACACAGAUGAGGUUCUGCAACAGGAAGGUAACAAAGGUCCGCAGUGGAAGCAGAAUGCAGUGUAAUGAGGAGUCCAAGCUGAUCAGCGACUUGUUCACAGGCUACAACAAGAAUAUUCGCCCAGUGGUUUCACCUGAAGACAAGUUGGAUAUUCAGAUCAAGCUGACCCUCACUAACCUCAUCUCCCUGAAUGAAAAGGAGGAAACGCUUACGACCAAUGUGUGGAUUGAGAUUCAAUGGACUGAUUAUCGCCUCUCCUGGAACGAAUCUCGCUAUUUUGGCAUCAAUAUUAUUCGUGUUCCAUGCAAGACUGUUUGGCUCCCUGACAUUGUCCUGGAGAACAACAUUGAUGGCAAGUUUGAUGUGGCUUACUACGCCAAUGUGUUGAUCAGCAGCGAUGGUUGGAUGUACUGGCUGCCUCCUGCUAUCUAUCGCAGCACUUGUGCCAUUGAAAUCACCUACUUCCCAUUUGAUUAUCAAAACUGCACGCUAGCAUUCAGAUCCCAGACGUACAGUGCCAAUGAAGUGGACCUCAUCCUGGCUGUGGUAGAAUCAGAGACUAUUGAGUGGGUGGACAUUGACCCCGAGGCUUUCACAGAAAACGGCGAGUGGGCCAUAGUCCAUCGUCCAGCCAGGAAGAUGAUCAACACACGGUACUCCCCAGACGACCUGGAGUAUCAGGAGAUCCUGUUCAAUCUGGUCAUCCAAAGGAAGCCCCUCUUCUACGUCAUCAACAUCAUCCUGCCAUGCUCCCUCAUCUCCUCGUUGGUGGUGCUGGCCUACUUCCUACCUGCACAAGCCGGGGGACAAAAGUUGACUGUGUCCAUCUCCGUCUUGCUGGCUCAGACUGUCUUCCUCUUUCUUAUUGCCCAGAAGAUCCCUGAGACUUCUCUCUCGGUCCCUCUCAUCGGCAAGUACCUGAUCUUUGUGAUGUCUGUCACUACUCUCAUUGCUACCAAUCAAAUUGUGGUGCUGAACUUCUCCCUGCGUAGCCCCAGCACUCAUACCAUGUCAAAUACCAUCAAACAUGUGUUCCUGGAAAUGGUACCUCGCUUCCUGGGCAUGCCUCCACUGGUGGAUGACAGUGAGGUGACAACCGAGGUGAACGGAGUGAGGGAGCGGCGGCGCAGCUCCUUUGGCCUCAUGCAGAGAGCGGAGGAAUAUGUGCUGAAACAACCUCGCAGUGAAAUGAUGUUUGACAAACAAAGAGAGAGACAUGGUCUCACACGAUCCAUCGUGGAUAAUAUGGAUGUCAGUAGCACAGCCAACCUGUAUAAGAGUUUGGCCCAAGCUGCACCCGAGAUCAAGCAAUGUGUGGAUGCCUGCAACUUCAUUGCUGAGAGUACGAGACAACAAAAUAACAUUGGAUCUGAAAUUGAAAGCUGGGUACUGAUUGGGAAGAUGAUCGACAAGGUGUGUUUCUGGGCCGCCAUUCUUCUCUUCAUCAUUGGCACAGUGUGGAUCUUCUUAACAGGACACUUCAACCGGGCACCUGAAUUUCCGUUUCCGGGGCAAAGCAAAAAAUAUGUUCCAAGUUAAAAAACAAAACAAAAAAUACCCUAUUGCUCUGAUUAAACCUCUCCAAGGGUCAUUGUGCCUCAUGCUAUCUAUAAGGCUGAGCGAUCUUGGUCAUUGAGUCCCAGGCUCAGAUUCAGGGUUAAGUUAGCAGACUUGAAUAACAGAGAUUUAAGAACAAAUCUGUCUGUGUUCAUGUUCACAGCUCAGAAUUAUCUUUGUGAACACUUUUCAGAUAGCUGAGGGUUUUCAUUCAAACUUGCAACUUAGUUAGAACCAAGUUCUUCAUUUUAGUGUAAGUUGUUUGGAUGCAUACAUUAAAUGGGUGGAAACGGUGUAGUUAGAAAUAGUGAUAUUUUAAAUCAUCAUCAUUACCAAGUACAACUAAUAUUUGUUUUGUGGUAUAAAAGACUAGGUCAAAGCAAGUUCAGACUUCAGGUCAGAGGUGUGUUUAAACUACUACAACUAUGACGGCAGUAUGUACAGUAUUGCAUGGAUCCAUAAACACUUUGUAUAACUGGAUUCAUAGAUAGUAAUAAAGAUGGUUCUUUAACUGAUUAACUGAUUUUAUUUACAUGUGAUGUGCUAAAGUUGUCACUCUUUCAUGGGCUUUUAAGAAUCGUCCAUGUAUCACACUGCAAAACAUAUCUGAUAAAGUCUGGAGAAGUUUCCCUGCAUGUGCUAUGUCUUAUAUGUGGAGAACCUGUACAUGUAACUUGAGCCAGCAAACUCUGAAUGAAUCAAAGCCUUAUUCUUCUUACUAUGAUUUAUUUAUUAGAAAGUCUUGUUGGGGUAGAAGACUUUGAGGGACAUUGUCUAGAUUCAU